AUGAAGCUCCAUUUUGUCUUACUUUUCAUCUUCUCCAUUAAUAUUUUGAGCUCGUGGAUUGUGUCAGCUUCACCCAGCUUCAAUGUUCUUGAUUAUGGAGCCAUUGGAAAUGGGCAAGCUGAUGAUUCACAAGCUUUUUUGAGAGCUUGGAAUGAUGUCUGUGGAGCAACAGAAGGAAUUCCAACAUUACAUGCACCACAUGGAAAAAUUUAUAUGUUGAAGCCUCUCAAAUUUCAGGGUCCUUGCAAGUCCAAACAAGUUACUUUCCAUCUUAAAGGGACUCUAGUGGCUCCAAAAAAAGGUUCAUGGCCAAAGUACGAUAGAGAGAGAUGGAUUCAAUUUUCAGACAUAGAUGGUCUCAUUGUCAAUGGAACAGGACAAUUUGAUGGUCAAGGCUCCUCUUGGUGGGAAGAUUGGGAACACUGUCAACGACCAACCGCACUAUUUUUGCACAAUUGCAAUGGUCUCCAACUAAGGGAAAUGAAGCAUAUUAAUAGUGCCAAAAAUCAUAUCUCCAUAAAUGCUUGUAAUGAUGUCAUUAUCUCAGACCUUCACAUUAUUGCUCCUGAAGAUAGCCCUAACACAGAUGGAAUUGAUGUUUCUAGAUCAAACAAUGUUCUUAUUCAAAAUUCUUUCAUGGGAACAGGUGACGAUUGUAUUGCCCUUAACAAUGGAUCUUCCAAUAUCGAUAUUGUAGGUGUAACCUGUGGCCCAGGCCAUGGCAUAAGUAUUGGGAGCUUGGGAGGAAAUAGAGAAUACAACGUAGUUGAAAACAUUCAUGUAAAAAAUUGCCUCUUAAAGGGCACUCAAAAUGGAAUGAGAAUCAAGACUUGGCAGGGUGGAUAUGGAUAUGCAAGGAACAUCACAUUCGAACAAAUAACACUAAUGGGUGCGAAAAACCCGAUCAUUAUUGAUCAAUAUUAUACCGAUUUCUUUUCAAUAUUUUUUCAGUUAUUCGACAUAAAAGUGAGCAACGUGACUUAUCGUGAAGUUAAUGGAACGUCAGCAAAUGAGAAUGCAAUUAUUUUGAACUGCUCUCGAAAUCGCUGCAGCAAUAUUAUUUUGGAAAAUGUGAGCAUAAAACCAAUAGAUCCAAAAAUGGAAGCCAAAGCUUUUUGUCAAAAUGUUGAUGGAAGAUCUACUUAUGCAGUUCCAACCGUUCCUUGUUUAUCAAAUUAG